AUGGCCACCCAAACACCCGAACAGAUCGCCGCACAGGCUGCGCACGUCGAGCUCAUUGAGCAGCGUGACAUCCACUCUAUCCACAAGACGUUCCGCAACCCGUCGUGGAAGCCGAACCAGCGGCGCAACAAGAACGUCAAGACCAUCCUGGGCGACGCGUCGCGGCGAGAAGCCUCAGCUCUGGCCACGCCGCAGGAGAACAACAGCGGUGCCAACACGCCCCGGGCGUCGAGAAACGCGGCGGCGGCUGCGGCGGCAGCGGCCGGGAAAGCGGACGAUGACGGCGACGGCCUGUCCACGAGCGGCGCGUCGACGCCGGCCGGGCCGGCGACAGGCAGCAAUGGAGGGGCCGGUCUGCCGCCCAACCUGGCCCAGGCCAACCGCAGUCUGUCAAAACUGGUGCUCGAAAAGAGCCUGCGGCUGCCGGGGGCCGCCGGUACUGGACAUUCGGCGGGCGCCGCGGCCCUGUCCGCCGUGGGCGCGUCCGCCCCCAGCGUGACCUACACCAACAUCGAGAGCGCGCCGAGCCUGGCGCCGCAGCGGCGGUACUGCGACAUCACGGGCCUGUCGGCACCGUACACAGACCCCAAGACGCGGCUGCGCUACCACAACAUGGAGGUCUUUGCGGCGAUCCGGAACUUCCAGCAGGGUGUGGCCGAGCAGUACCUGGAGACGCGCGGUGCCCACACGGUGCUGAAGUAA